AUGGCACUUGAGUGCUUGAGACAAGUGUUUAUUUCAAUAUUAUGCAGAGGUGAUGAUGAUAAGGAGGAGGAAGACGAAGGUUUUAGAUCAGUACGUUUGCCUGAUUGUAUUAUAAUUGAUAUAUUGAAUAGACUUCCGCUACAAGUCCUUGUUAGAUGUCAAAGUAAAAGGGAUUAUUUGGGAGCUUUGAUCUCAUCACGCGAUUUUAUGACAUUACAUCUCAAUAAAGCUAAAGCUAGAGGACCCAUGCUUCUUCUCCAUGAUAGUACCACUGAUGAAAAGCGCAACAAAAAACUCUAUGUGCUUACUAAUUAUAUGACUAAGCCGCUCAAGAUCCAGCAUCUCUAUCUCCGUCCUCAGCUUAUGGUGAAUAAUAAAAAGUACCGAGGACGAAACCCGGGACACCCUCCUCAUAUUAGAUUCUCAUGUCAAGGAGCUAUUCUGUUUGUUAAUGAUGCAUGUUGUGCUACCACUUGUUAUGUUUUGAACCCCACAACACAAGAGGAAGUUAUUGUACAACGUACAAAUCAAUUGUCGCACAAUUUAUUAUGUGCUCUUUAUUAUUGUCCAGUUGAUCAUCAAUUCAAACUUCUUUCUGUGGAAGUAAUUAAUGGCUCUUUAGCUCAGUAUUUAGUAUAUACAUUCAAGACACAGACUUGGAGGGAAAUACGCGGUACUAGUGUCAACUUGGUUCCUCGAUACAAGAAAGGAUCUCCAGCAAUUGUUAAUGGAGCAUUGCAUUGGAUCAUGCACUAUGAUUUACAAAGGAAUAAAAACAAGCCACAUGAUCCUCCUCCUAGUUGUGAGAAUAAUGGUAUCAUCAUUUUUAAAAUGGAUAAGGAACAAAUCUAUGCUAAACCUCAUCCUGGAAUUGUUUGCAACGUCUCCCACCUUGACAAUGAGCAUAAAUUCAUGAUGACUCUCUUAGUCAUGGAAAACAAUUUGUGUUUCUGUCACUUGCUUGCCUCUCAGCCUGCACUAGCACUAGAUAUAUGGGUCUUGGAUGACUAUAAAAAGUGGGCAUGGAACAAAACAUAUAACAUCAAUCUACUUCCUUAUGGUCCAGGCCGUAACCCCAAAUAUCUGCAUUGGUCCAUGAAACCUCUCUACAUCCAAGACGGUCUAUUUGUAUUUUACAUAAAGUCUGAUAGACAUUUAUUUCUUUAUGAUUUACAUCAUAAAACCCUCAACCAUGUUCUACUCCCACAAAUGAUCAAGUUACGUCCUUUUGGAACUUAUAUAAAGACCCUCCUCCCAAUAGUAGCUUAA